GGAGCAGCUGUCUACAGGAACAUGUCUGAAGAUGUCUGAGUAGAAGAGACAAGAAUGAAUGGAGCAACCUGAAUGUCUGCCAAAGUACUAGGGGAAUUCAAACUUCAGCAUUGCUGAAAUCCUAAAUGAGAGCAAACUGAGUCCAGUUGAGCGUCAGCGAUAUGAGCUUCUCUUUAUACCCUCCUCUGUUGUCUGAUAGAGACAGCCUUCCUCUGAAGAAGAGAGACCAGAGACCAGACUCACCUCCCCACAGUCCACAAUGUGACAGUGCCAUCUUUAAAGCCCCCUAUCCAUAUAAAAGACACAGCAGCCCCUUCCAACCUGUCCCAAGACGGGUGCGGCCAUUGCGCCAUUCAUGGACACACCACUCCGGCAGGAUCAAACCACACGGCCGGUCAGCAUUCACAGACUAUCAACACUGGACAGAGCUGAACAAUGUGCAUUCUCUACAGUCAUGGAGUCCAUUUCACUUUGAUAGGCUGCACUCUCACCUGUCUGGACCCUCCAAAUAUGUACAGCCCACACCUGUGUCUCUGCAGAAUGCUCCACACUGGGAAAGGAAACUACAACACACAGACAAGGAGAUUAAUGGAAGGAAUAAUGGCCUGAACAUGGGCAGAAGAGACAUCACAUCUAACUUAUCUACACUGGAAAACAUAAAACAAACAUCAUGGAGUUCAAGUGCACCUAAAUAUUUUUACAAGCCAACAAAGCCACCUCCAUACCCCAUUCUCAAAGUUCCCUGUAGUGAAAACUUGACAGUGAGAAGUGUCCCUCCACAGCUCCCCGGUCAGGCCCCGUCCUGUGCUCUCAGCCCUCUGCCUUGGCUGCUGCCACAUUUUGAAGCAGGCUCUUUGGUGGAGCUACAGGACGGACGUCUGCAGCGGGUGGAGAGUUUGCAGACAGAGGACUUCCUGCUGGGUGCUAUGGCCUGUCCCGACCUACGCCUUAGCUGUUGCACCGUGCAGAGAAUUUGCCCCUCAGAGCAGACUCCCUCAGUGUGCCGCCUGCUCCUCCUCCUGCACCAGCCGCUCUCUCAGGAGUUGGUGGAUGUACACUUGGAGUACCCUUUCUUUGUGCGGGGCCAGGGCUGGUCUUCAUGUAGCCCCCAGAGGACAGCCCGUCUCUGUGGCCUGCAGUGUCGGCAGCUCUGUGUGGGGGAUGUCUGCCUGGCCCUCACCCCCCUCUCAACUCCAUGCCCCCCAGACUCAGCCUCCCAGGAGCCAGAGACCCCACCCGACUGGACAGACAGGUGUGAAAAAAGAUUGCUUCCCCCAGGCCUCCAGGCACCACCCUCUGGGGAGAGCAGAAGACCUGAGGAGGGGCGCAAAAGGCACUCUUCAGCCCCCAACUGAUCA